UCUAGAUGCCUAUCGAUUGGGCACAAUCGCAUAAUCCAUGAAUGGGAAACCUAUCAAAGACAAGUUGAAAGAAUCUUCAAGGGCAGCAUCACACCUUGAGAUUCUCCCUUUGUUCUCCCACAAUAGUAUUGAAUUAUUCUUUCAAGACCAAUUGUUGUAAAAUCAGUCAGAUGAUGUAAAAUGAAUCCUAAGACACAAAGUCUUCACAAUGGCCAUUGUAGCUUGCAAUCUCUUAUUUAAACACUCUUAAGUUUCUAAUAUUUAGAAUUUUCUUCAGAGCUAUCAACUUCGCCUUACAGUUAGAGAGGACAUACAGCUAUAACACAAAAGAACAAGAAGAAAACCCGCCCAUCACAUCCCCAACAUUACAGUACAUCAUGUCCUCCAUAGAUACCAUCAACGCCCUCCACGCUGAGGCGUCACGAAUUAUUCACAUACUCGGCCGAGCACCUACCCGCGCUGAGCAGGGCCUUGCGCUGGAGCUAGCUGACAAGGCUUUGGAACUUGCUGUCGAGGCCGGUUUCGACGGUCCUACGAUAGAGGCCUGCGAAACCUUCCAGCGCCUUUGCUACGACUCUCUAUUACAUUCCUACAGCUGGACAGACAACCACGAGCGUCGCAUGUACAAGAAAAGCUCGUCAAGAACUCCGGUAGAGCGGAAGCGGUCGUCUAGGAUCUACAAUGUCGACAAGGGAGAGCACGUGCUCGAGGCUCUUGAGGCUGUCCAUAUUGGAAACCUGUUGAGUAGCCGUACAUCGGUUGAACCAGAUGUGUGGAAUCGCAGGAUUCGGUGGGUCGAUGAAGUUAUGGACCAGCCGAUUCGUACGUGGGUUCAUUAGCACGACGGUGUGCGAGCGGACUUGUAGGUAUCAAGCCUGGAGCUUGUUUCUUGGCAGUGCGGACAGGUCCUUUUCUUAGCCUACUAUAUUACAUAUAUACUACCUACCUAUAUAUACUUCAUCCAAGGUGGAUUCAAUUUAGUACAAUACAAUCGGCUAUAUAGGAGUCUAGUUGGCUUGUUUUACAUAGCAAUUAUUAUUUAAUAAAAGAAGUACAUACACA